AUAGUUUUCGAAUGCAUGUGGUUAAAUCUGUCGCACCCAGCUUCAGCCAUGUCUGACUAAUGUCGCUCUCUUUACACAGAUAGAGCAGUUAAAUCAUCACACAGUGACUAUGGUACGAGCCCUGUUUCCCGUAUCCGGUCUUAUAAAACUUUGCCUCAAAGGUCACACUACCACAGAUUGUCUGGUAUUUUCAGGCUUUCACAAUGAGCUCCUUGACUCAGGGCGACAGUAAAUGUUGUAAACCUGAUGCAUGAAAGCAAGAAACACUGAAAAUGAAAUUCUUCUCUGGAAUGGUGACAUAAAUAGAUACUUUGCUUAAGCUUAGACAUGAACAAAGACAAAUGUACAACUAAUGCUUUUCUUGUCUUUUCUCUUCCUCUGUCCGUGUCUACAUCAGCACCUGUGUUCACAUACACAGCAGUGACAGCUAGCCUUCCUGGAAUCUUUGUCUGCUUUUUAUGGCUGUUGUUGUGACGUUUGAAGUCACCAACCACCCACUGCCAGAGUUUACUAUCUUGUUAAUGAGUAUCCUCUAACACACACAUCAGGGUCUGUAAACCCGUUUGUCUCCUCAGUAGGACCCAGUCUUGAUGUGUGUAUCAGUGAUGAGGACCGCUGCUGCUCUGCUCUCUUUCUGUUUUUGGGUAAACGCUGCCAUCCAUGCUGCUCGCACAGGUUCAAAGUGUGGACUUCCUCAGGUGUGGAACCCCAUGGUUCAGUCCCUGAGGGUGGUUGGAGGGACUGAGGCCACAUAUGGCUCACACCCAUGGCUGGUUUCCCUACGGCUCAAGAGCUCUCAUUUUUGUGGAGGGGCCAUCCUGACUGACCGCUGGAUAAUGACUGCUGCACACUGCUUUGCAUCAGUCUCAAAAGAGUUUCUCCGUGGUGUGAGAGUGGCAGUGGGAGAGUUUGACCGCAGAGUGGAUGAUGCAGAGGAGCAAGUCUUUCGUGUCAAGACUGUCUCAGUGCAUGAGAAGUACCAUCAUGCUUUGCCUAUGAGCCAUGACAUAGCUCUGGUAGAGUUGGAUCAACACAUCCAACUGGGGGUCCAUGUCCAGCCAAUAUGUCUACCUUUGCCAGAUGAGAAAAUCCCUCCUCAAACCAGCUGUGUUGUUGGUGGAUGGGGCAGGAUAAAGGAAAGGGGUCGUCUGCCUUUGGUACUGAGAGAGGUCCGGUUGGACUUGGUGGACCCAGCCAAAUGUAAAUAUGUCCUCCAAACUGUCAAAAGUUCAGCUUUGAACCAAGGACCAGAUCGGCCUCAGCCAGCCAUGACAGUUCUGUGUGCUGGACCAGAGAGUGGAGGGAAAGAUGCCUGUCAGGGGGACUCAGGAGGUCCUCUGGUAUGUCCGGCAGAGUCAGGCGGAGGUCACUGGGUGGCGUUAGGCGUAACUUCCUGGGGUAAGGGAUGUGGUCGAAGCUGGGGAAACAACAGCAGCCGCCCACCUUCCAGGAGAGGAUCUCCAGGGAUUUUUACUGAUGUCAGACUGCUGCUGCCCUGGAUCAAGCGUAAACUGAGAGAGGCUGAUGGGCAGCAACAGGGAAGGACUUCACUGAGACUCUGCAGUGUGGAGGAUGGGCCUGUAACUGACGGUGAGGGAGUAAUCAGAAACCCUGCUCUGCACGGUGAUCACUAUGACAACAACGAGUUGUGUGUGUGGAGUAUCAGUGUCCCUCCAGGUUAUAGUAUUCUGUUGGAGUUUGAGCAUUUUGAUCUGGAGAGUGACUCUCACUGUCGCUACGAUCGACUCACUGUAUCUGUAGGGACCCACAAGCCUGUUGGGAUAUUCUGUGGAAGUGACUUACGCAGCCCAGUGCUUCUAAGUCAUUCCCAGAGUGUAACACUUCUCUUCUCCUCUGACAUUAGCAGAGCAGGAAGUGGCUUCAUCAUUAGGCAUCGUGCUGUCCAGGGACACUCUGAUCCUGGAUGUGGGACAAUUGUUCUGGUUGAGGAUCAGACUGUCGUCCACAGUCCAAAUUAUCCACAAUCCUACAGUAAUGACUGCGUCCUCCGCUGGGUCAUCUAUGCUCCACAGGGUCAUGUUGUGAAGCUUGAUUUAGUUGAUAUUGAGCUGGAGGAGUCAGACAGAUGCUUGUAUGAUUCCCUCACUGUCCUGGGAGAUGUGGAACAAACAGAGGAGAUAGUGGUGCUGUGUGGUGGCAGUAUUCCUCCUCCUGUCUUGUCCUACCACAGUGUUAUGGUGCUUCUGUUCACUUCAGACAGCAGCAUCACACACAGAGGCUUCAGAGCUACACUAACAUUCAUCAGUCAAACAGAUCUCCAUCGUGAUGAGGACAGACCUGGUCUAGAGGCUCAGGGAGGCAUUUGGAGAAGUUACCAGGAUUAUCUGACAGACACAUCACAUGGUUGGGUGAACUUGGAUGUAGCUGACGCGGAUAUGCAGCAGUCCAGCAGCCGAACCCUGUCUAACUACAGUGAUGUGGAUCAGAAGACUCCGGAUCCCAGACUGCAUAUGGACACGGGCUCAGAUGAUGAAGACCACAGUGGAGAAUCCUCAGGCACAGUGUAGUAACCUGCUAAAAGGGAGGCCUCUGGACAAACAUACAUUCCAGUGUGUAAUAUGUAUAACUAUGCAACUAUACUGCUGGUGCAUUAAGCUCAGAUGAGGGUGACUGGUAGGGAGGCUAUUUGUUAAAGUUAUUUCCACCUUGCUGCUCACCUGCUAACUGGUGUUCCAACUGACUUGUUAAUGGUAAACUUUAUACUUGCUAAACAUCAGUACAUUGGCUUGGUCACUGUAAGCACUGUAAUGUAUAAAAUAGUUAGAAAUUAGCUCAGUCUUUACCAACUGCAAAAUUAUAACGCAUAUCAAAAUACACAUAAAUACAUAAAUUGAUAAAAGAUAUAGUGGUUAAAGAGUCAAAGGGGUCAUUUUUCCACACUGAGUACUUUUACAUUAUUGCACAGUACUUACAUACUUACAUAUGUUCUGAGUAACAUUUUCAAUUCAGAAUUUUCACUUGCAACAGAGUAUUUUUACAGUGUGGUAUUACUACUUUUACUUAAGUAAAUGAAUAUUUGAUCCAGCAUGGCUUUUCUCACAACCAUUCAAACACAUGUAUAUAAUUAUGUUUCCAUUAUGAGAGAUGUAUUGUUUGUCUUAUUUUUGUUUUUUUCAUGUCUGUAUGUGCUUAUAUCAUUUAUAGAGAGAAUGUUAAGGGCCAUUCAGGCCUGUAAUAGAUAAGUUUGUAUGAUCGGUCCUUUUUACUGCACAUUCUACAGAAACAGAAGACAUUUUCAGCAGUAUUUAUGGCAGUUGUUUUUAUAAGUUUGCAGUCUCUCAAACAUUGUUUGCAAAUGUCUGCUAGUUUCCUCAAACUCACAUUCCUUUUCUUUUCUCAGACCUGUUAAAAAGUUAUUCAUUUACACAAGGACAGACUUUCCAAACAUGUAUUUUAUUAAAAUGCAAAUUGUUUAAAAACGAGUUAAACUGUUUGUUUUGUUAGCUCCGAAAAUGCAGGGACUUGUCAUUUCCUCUUUGUAAUGAAAAAACUAUUUUCUCUUCCAGGGGCCUCAACAGCUAUAGAGUUUAUGUAAUCACAGUGUG